AAGAACCAUGGAGAUGAUGCCAACUUUGGAGAGUGACCUGAAUAACAUGAGGGACUAUUAUGAGAGUGGAAACACUAAGGAUGCGUCAUGGAGAGAAUCUCAGCUCAAAGGGUUGCAUCGUUUCCUCAUGGAAAAACAGGACCAUAUCAUGAAUGCCCUCAUGCAAGAUCUAGGAAAACAUCAACUUGAAGCUUUCAGAGACGAGAUAGGAACGUUGAUCAAGACCUUAAAUCUGGCAUUGAAGUCUUUGAAAGAUUGGAUGUCAGGCAAAAAGGCUAAGUUGCCGCAAAUAGCAUUGCUCACUAGUGCAGAAAUAGUUCCCGAGCCACUUGGUUUGGUCCUCAUUAUUUCAUCAUGGAAUUUCCCCUUUGGACUAUCCUUGGAGUCACUGAUAGGAGCAGUAGCUGCGGGAAACGCAGCAGUGUUAAAGCCUUCAGAGUUGUCACCAGCAUGUUCUUCUCUACUUGCUUCUGGUCUUGCCACUUACUUGGACAAUAAAGCCAUUAAGGUGGUUCAAGGUGGACCUCAAGAGACUCAGCAACUACUACAGCAAAAAUGGGACAAAAUCUUCUUCACAGGAAGUUCACAUGUGGGGAGGAUUGUGAUGGCUGCUGCUGUGAAGCACCUGACUCCUGUGACUUUGGAGUUGGGUGGAAAAUGCCCUGCAGUUGUUGAUUCUCUCUCAUCUUCGUGGGAUUUAGGAGUGACAGUGAAGAGAAUUAUUGUGGGAAAAUUUGGGACUUGUGCUGGUCAAGCAUGCAUAGCUAUUGAUUAUGUCAUUGUGGAAAAGGAGUACUGUUUAAAACUGGUGGAAUUGAUGAAGGUGUGGAUCAAGAAAAUGUAUGGAGAGAACCCACAACGUUCCAAAACUAUUGCCAGAAUAGUCAAUAAACACCACUUCUCUAGAUUGAAGAAUCUCCUUGACGAUGAAAACGUCAAAGAAUCUGUGGUUUAUGGUGGUUCAACGGACGAAAAGAACUUAUUUAUUGAGCCAACGAUCUUGGUGAAUCCCCCGCCGGAAGCAGCAAUUAUGUCGGAGGAAAUUUUUGGCCCAUUACUUCCAAUUAUUACUGUGGAGAAGAUUGAGGAGAGUAUUAAAUUCAUAAAUUGUAGACCUAAGCCUCUUGCCCUUUAUGUUUUCACCAAAAACCAAACACUGCAGAGAAGAAUGAUAUCUGAAACAUCAUCUGGAAGUGUGACUUUCAAUGAUGCAAUUCUACAAUAUGCAGCUGAUUCUCUUCCAUUUGGAGGAGUUGGUGAAAGUGGGUUUGGGAUGUACCAUGGAAAGUUCUCCUUUGACACAUUUAGCCACCAGAAAGCAAUUGUGAGAAGAAGUUUCCUCACUGAUUUUUGGUUUAGAUAUCCUCCAUGGACACUAAAUAAGUUACAACUACUUGAAGUCUCUUACAACUAUGAUUAUCUGGGAUUGCUCCUUGUCCUUCUCGGAUUAAAAAGACCAUCAAAACGCUUAAUCUUGGAUCAAAUUUAGCCGCUCAGGAAUUUCGGUAACCAACUAUUUUGUAUUUGUAUUUUAUUGCAGUUUGUAAGGAAAUAUUUAUAUUUUUCUUUAGAAGUAAAGUAUCUUGUAUAUAAUGAAGAUUUUCACAGAUAACAUCUGAAGAUAUUGUUUA